AAAAAUUAUACUGAUCUUGUUUAACAACCAUAUAAUUCGAAGGGCAAACCAGGCAGUUGUCAAUAAAGUUUAUAAAUCAAAAUUGUCCAAGUCAAUCAAUAAAAAUACAAGAUGUCAGCUCCAGAUAUUCCAAAGUCAGUGAUACAAAAAUUGGUAUUCUUUACUGGUGCCAUGAUAAUAUUACCAGUAUUUACAUUCUUUGUAUGUCAAUAUUUAUUCAAUCAUAAUUCGAUAAUUAGUGGUGGAAUUGCUGCAUUAAUUGCCAAUGUGGUAUUAAUUGGAUAUGUUGUUGUUGCAUUUACUGAAGAUACUUCUAAAUUGGAAGAAGAAUCAAAGAAGGAAAUAUAGUGUGUGUAUUCUGUAUAUAUGUUAAUAUAAUUAUGAGUUGCGUGGGAACAAGAAAGUGUAGUAAACAACCAGUAGUAAUGUGUGGUGAAACAUUCUGUAAAGACACAACACUGUAGCACAAUGUUCAAGGUUAGUGAAAAAUAAAAAAAAAAAGUAGUAAACAACUUGCAAGUAGUCAAGAGAUAACUGUGUAUAACUCCACAGGUGAACUGGUGAAGACAACAAAACAACAAAGCAAAUAGAACAAGUAAACCAUGGUUCACCAAUUGUCAUUGGUAUCGUCAAUACCUCACAACAAAUACCUUCAAACAAUAUCCACCUUACAAGCACUUACUGGACUUGUGCAACCACAACCAAUAUCAACAUAUACAUUAAUCAGUAAGCCAUCCACGGUAUUCAAACCGAAAUUUGAACCAGGGAAAGUUAAUCAAAUUGAGCAAUAUUUUAUGAAAUGUAUCACAAAUUGGCGCGAUGAUUCCAUAGACAUAAGCAAACCUAUUUUGAAGGAUGGUGACAUAGUAAGUGCCCGACGUUUAUUUAGACCCGAUGAUAAAACUGAACGUGUUUGGACGUUGCAGAUAUCGGAUAUCCCCAUUGCAGGUAAAAAUCAAGGAUGUUGUCAACAAACAGUGUAUGAAAGUACUUUGGUUCAUACCCAUACAAGAAUAGACUUGAACCUCGAAGAUAAAGUAAAAGAGGGCAAAGAUGACUUUGAAGAUUUUAUUGAAAUUGAUCCACCAGAAGAUUCCGAAGUUGAUAGUAAGAAAACAGAAGAUGCACUUGCUGAACAACGUCGAGCUUCAUUCUUGGUGUUUUUACAAGACUUGGGAUACGAAGUUAUAAAUCAGUUUUGGAUCAAAGGGAUUCGAUUCUUUCAUGGUGAUAUAAUAAUCGAAAUCUUUAAAGUAUUGAUUAGAGAUGAUACAACUGCUAACAACAGUACUGCCGAACGUAUAAAGUUGAAACUCUUGGAUGAAUCAAAUACAUUUCAAAUCAGGGUUUAUAUGAAUGUCAGUAAAUCUACUGAUGUUGAGCAAAUCAAUCACGGGACAAAAGAGUUGAUUAAAUUACAAGAGUUCUUAAAGAACUUGUUUAUAUUGGAGAUUCCCGAUAGAAUCUUUAUGGAUUCAAGAGUGACUCUAACUAAGUAACACUAUUUAGUUUUGAUAGUAAAAAAAUGAUCAUUUCUUGAAUUGAUUUCCGUUAUAUCAAAUCCAUGUUCUCCUUUCUCAGAGUUGACUUCACUAGGAAGUUUUUCAAUUUGUUCUAGCAAGGUGUCCAAAGUUAAAGGUGGAUUAGCCUUGUGAUCUGUAGCAAUUAGUCUAAAUAUACUAUCGUUGCUACUUUCAGUUUCUUGGUUCAUUUCAUUUUCGUUAUAUAAGUGUCCAAUAAACGUCAUUUGUGAUUUCAAUGCAUUGAUCAAUUCUUGUUCUCUCUCUGGUGUUAUAUCCAGUUUUAGUCCUGACAAUGCCAACAUCUUUCGUAUAACAUUUGAGUCUAUUGUUAUUUUGUUUAUGCUAUCCUGAUUUGGUUUCAUUAGCUGUUUCACUGACCAUGUUGGUUGUGAUAAAAACUUGUCAAUCUGCUGUUUAGUAUUGAGAUAGGAGGAGUUAAAUCGUCUUAGUAUUACUAUUGGUCUAAUCAUGGAUGUUGUAGUAAGCUGUUGUCAUGUAGUGUAUU